GCCUGCGCUCCCCCUCCGGGAUGGACCAUCCCUUUAAACCGAAGUUGCUGAUUCCAUCAUUCGAGCAGAAGCAGCUCCAGGUCUUAAUCUGCAGCGGAGUGACAUUAUAAUCCGAAAGCUGGAAAUCAAAGCGUUCCUUCGCUGAAUGCAUUCGCUUCAGAGGCCGAUUGCACUGAAGAGUUUUUUUUUUAACGUUCUGUGCAUUUGUGAAAAAAUAAAUAAACAAGUGGUGACAUUUAGAAAACAAUCAAGUCGAAUUUACAAAACGGAGCCGAACAGAAGGAAGACGUGUCUGUAAAUACCAAGUACAUGCGCUGGACUGCAGCCUUGAUUCUGGGGGAGAGUUAAGAUUAUACAGUACCUCUUCUAGUAGAAGCGGCAUCUCUUAUUUUGAUCAACACAGUACAGCGCUGGCUGUGGUUUUAACUGAAAAUGAUGCCAUACAUGUAGAAAACUGGAUUUUAAAGAAAUAGUGGUUUGCUGUAAAGCUACACCGGAAAGUUCGGAACUAAGAACUGUUUUGCAGUAAUAAGAGAACUAAAUAUAUAACAAGAUGUCUGUGCCGAAUGUGCUUGCAAAGGCCCUUUACGACAAUGUGGCAGAGUCUCCGGAUGAGCUUUCCUUCCGCAAGGGCGACAUCAUGACGGUGCUGGAGCGGGACACUCAGGGGCUGGACGGCUGGUGGCUCUGCUCCCUGCACGGGCGGCAGGGCAUUGCCCCGGGCAACCGCAUGAAGAUCCUGGUUGGCAUGUAUGACAAGAAGCAGGAGGGGGGCGGCCAGCUGCAGCAGCAGCAGCCUCUGUUCCCCCAACAAACCCCUCCUCAGACCCCACUGCCUUUCCACAAGCAGAGCUCCUACAGCACGCCGUCCCCCGCCUCGCAGUACACCGCCAUGCAUCCGGCUUUCCAAAGCCCCGCGGACAACGUCUACAUGAUGCCCCCCUCUCACGGCAAGGGGCAGACGCAGAGCAUUUACCAGGUGCCCCCCGGCCCCCAGUACCAGGGACCCCUGAGAAAGCCGCCGCUCUUCCAGAAGCAGGGUAGCCAACAGCAGUACCAGAGCCAGUCUCAGAGCAUUUACCAGGUCCCUCCGUCGCUAGGCCAGUCGCAGGACAUUUACCAAGUCCCGCCAGGGUCCAAGAGCCCACCUCAGGACGUUUACCAGGUGCCUCCUUCCAUGAACCAAAACCAGGACAUCUACCAAAUCCCUCCGUCUAUGGAGAAGAGGAGCUGGGAAUCUCCCAAGCCACCGGGAAAGGUGGUGGUCCCGACAAGAGUGGGGCAGGUCUACGUGUACGACUCCGGCAAGACGGAGCAAGACGAAUAUGACAUUCCUCGGCAGGAGAUUUACGAUGUCCCGCCAAACAGGGGGGCUCCUGUGAGCCAGUACAGCCAGGAGGUGUAUGACACGCCUCUGAUGGCCGUCAAGGGUCCCAACAGCCGGGAAACGGUCCAGGAGAUCUACGACGUGCCGCCCAGCGUGGAGAAGAACCUGCACAGCCAGAUGCAGUCCCAAACGGUUUAUGACUUCCCCCCGUCGGUCAGCAAAGACGUUCCGGACGGACCUGUCAGAGAAGAGACUUACGAUGUGCCCCCAGCUUUCAUGAAAAUGAAGAAGAGCCCCGAGAUCAAGCACUAUCUCUCCCAGGUCCUCCCGCAGUGCCCCCCCGGGCUGGAGCAGCACAUCCCGGAGGACGUGUACGACGUGCCCCCCCUGUCUGGGAAGCUGCAGGACAAGAGCCUCGCCCAGGAGAUCUAUGACAUCCCGGCCAGCCUGAGGAAGACCAGCGGCAGCCAGGAUGUGUACGACUUCCCCAGGGAGCACCAGGGCUCCUCGAUGGGUAGCAAGCUCAUGUCAAGCGAGGAAUCGGGCGACUACAUCUACGACGUGCCGCCGCAGGUGGUGCGGGACCCCGCCUCUGCAGAGGAGAAGACCAUCAGCUUCAAGAGGCUGUCUGCCUCCAGCACCGGCAGCACCAGGAGCAACCUCUCCACCUCCUCCCUGGAUGUCAUCCCCGUCAAGGAGUCCUCCGUGGCCAAGGAGCUGAACUUGGACUUGGACGUCGCCAUGGAGGUGCUGGUCAAACUCCAGCACAAUGUGGAGAGCUCCGUCUCCUACCUCAUGUCUUUCAUUAGCAGCAGCUGGAGGAGCCAGGAGCAGAUGGAGACCCACCUCCAGAGCAUCAAGUCAGCCGUGGAGCGGGUGAAGAACUCGGUGAAGGACCUGCUGGAAUUCGCCCGCGGGGCCGUUGGCAACGCCGGUCAAGCCACUGACCGCACGCUGCAAGCCAAGCUGGGAAAGCAGGUGCAGAAGAUGGAGGAGGGCUACCAGGGACUGCUAAAGCACAGCCAGGCGCUGGACAAAUGUAACUGGGCCCUCAGCGAGCUGGCAGGAGGCAAGCCCAGCUCGGGCGACGAGUUGGACCGCUUUGUCAUGUGCUCCAGGGGCGUCCCCGACGACACCAAGCAGCUGGCCUCUUUCCUCCACGGGAACGCCUCUCUGCUUUUUAAAAGGACAAAGCAGCAGCAGCAGCAGCAGGCCCCGCAGAUGCCCCAGCUUGGAGACUCUCGGCUCUCUGUGUCUCAGGCAGGGUUGGAGAACGUGGGCCAGGUAAUCAACAACAACAUCUCGGCCUACCAGACAGGCCUCCCCGAGAAAGCCAACAUCCAGUCGAGGCCUCUGCCGUCGCCACCAAAGUUCAUGGCAGAGGAGUCCCCGGACAGCCAGUACGAAAACACGGAAGAGGGCUGGAUGGAGGAUUACGACUAUGUUCAUUUACAGGGUAAGGAGGAGUUUGAAAAGACUCAGAAGAAGCUGCUAGAAAAAGGAAACAUUAUGCGGCAGAGCAAAUCAGUGCUGGAGCAGCAGCAGAUGAAGCAGUUUGAGCGUCUGGAGCAGGAGGUGAGCCGGCCCAUCGACAACGAUGUCUCCAACUGGACGCCCCCGACGCACUACGCCCAGGUGAGGAGCAAGCUGAGCCCCGGAGACCGGCAGCUGCUGCUGUUCUACAUGGAGCAGUGUGAGGCCAACAUCACCAUGCUGACCAACGCCAUUGACGCCUUCUACACCUCCAUCACCAGCAACCAGCCGCCCAAGAUCUUCGUGGCCCACAGCAAGUUCGUGAUCCUGAGCGCGCACAAGCUGGUCUUCAUCGGGGACACACUGUCCCGGCAGGCCAAGGCGCAGGAGAUCCGCAGCAAGGUGACGCAGCACAGCAACCUGCUCUGCGACACGCUGAAGGAGAUCGUGGUGAGCACCAAGAGUGCCGCCCUGCAGUACCCCUCGCCCACCGCGGCCCAGGACAUGAUGGACAGGGUGCGCGACCUGGUCAACACCACGCAGCACUUCCAAAUGGUGCUGGCGCAGCUGGCAGCCAUGUGAGGGUGGACUUUAUCAGACUUUUUAUUGUGCUUUUUAGAUUUAAAAGGACUUAUUAUCGGACUGUGAAAGGCGAUUGGUUGUAAAUUAAUGAUUGUAAAUAUUUUUUUUUUUUAUAAAGAGACACUACUAGCAAGAGGGGAAAUUAAUUACAAAUACUAUAUAUAUGUGUGUGUGUAUAUAUAUAUAUAUAUAUAUAUAUAUAUAUAUAUAUACAUACACACAUAUAUAUAUAGUUUCUUUUCUGGUCAAUUUCAAUGAGGAAAAAAAGUAGUUUUUAGAUGAUAUUGAUUAUUAUUAUUAUUAUUAUUAUUAUUAUUAUUAUUAUUAUUAUUAUUAUUAUUAUUAUUAUUAUUGCUGUUGUUGUUGGUGUUGUUGAUGUUAUUAUUAUGAGAAAAUUAAUCAAAGGGUGUUUAAAUUUCAAACACGUGUAUAUAGAAGUGCUGUUUUCUUUUCGGAUGAUAAGAAAGGUUUUUAAAAAAUCCUGUAAUGAGAUAGAAAAAAAAAAGAAAAAAAAAAGAAAAGAAUUAUUUUUCAUAGGUGAUUUUAAAUGGCGCGGAGGAGAGGUGGGACUCUGUUCUGUGGCUCUUGUUAAUAUGGUGGCGCAUGGAGACCACCUGAAAUCCUGGAGCGGAGGGAGGGGGAGCAAAGAAAAGUUCUUACUGUGACAGACAAUUAUUCUAGACGUCAGUGAUCUGCAUUGUCAGGGGACCGUUUUAAUUAAAGAACUCUCUGUGCUAAUUAAAAGGUUCUUAUUAAGUGGAAUGAAUCAUUUCCACAGUAUCUCUUGGCUCUGCUGAUGAAAAUAAAAUUAAAAUAAUAAUGAAACACCAUCCGGACCAACAGAGAAGUGGGGGUUACAGAUUCCUGAUUGGGGUUACUUCGUAAUUGAAGUUAUCGCUUUUUGAAGGAAUGAUGUCAGAAUUCAGUUCAUUUUGUAGCACUUUUGCCUGUUGUAACCCAUCGUCAAACCCUGUCACAGCUCCAUCGACUUAGUAGCCCAUUCGAGACCCCUGCUAGGCCGAGAUUCCGAGUUCCACAGGAAUUCCUUUGCUAGACCGAGAUUCCAAGUUCCACAUGAAACCCUUUGCUAGACCGAGAUUCCGAGUUCCACAGGAAUUCCUUUGCUAGACCGAGAUUUCGAGUUCCACAUGAAACCCUUUGCUAGACCGAGAUUCCGAGUUCCACAGGAAUCCUUUUGCUGGGGUCACAGCAGACCAGUUUGAGCGGCAUGGUUUUCCAUCUGGAAGGCAGGCAGGUAGGCAUGCAGGUCACAUCUGAGCUGCACAUCAAUCCACCCGCUGGCUGGGAUGACAAUGCUUCAGCUCCACUAAGUCACUUUAUUUUCCUUUGCCUAUCGAUCUACUCUUGCUGGUGGCAGUGUGGUACCCGGUGACUGGACCAUCCCACCCCUGUUUGGGGGCUGCUCACAGUUGUUUCUGUAAGCCAUGGCAACCCUGACCGUGCUCACCCUUUACUAGCACUGUUAACUCUUUGCAGCGCCUUCCUUCACAGAGUCGUGUGUCCAGAAGCAGACAACAAUAAUAAAAUUUGUCAUCAAUCUGUAACGUGUCCUGCCUCUUGAAGUGUUGUGCACAUUAAGGAAUGCGUGCUAUACAUCACUUACAGGGGCUAUGAAGAGACCAGGGGGGACUGCAUACCUAAUUCACAUCCUAAUUCACUGUGCUCUACAGAUACUUUUCCCAUGUGCUUUGCAACUCCAUGAUCUUGGGUAGCAAUACAGUUGAACUGCUAUAGCAAUGCAAUGGUUCUUGUAAGAGAGUUCAGUCAGGAAAUCCAAGCGAUAGAUUAUUUGUUAAAACAGACUAGACAGCACUAAUACACUAUACGUAUUUUACACUACAUUCUUUGGUCUUUGGUCUCACCUUUCGAGGUACCCCUGCCCAUCAAUUAGCUUGUAUGUAAGUGGAGAGGUAAAACUGAUACAAUCUCACCCAGUAAAUGAUGCAUUAUCCUCUUAAAUGAAACUUGUGUACCUGGGUAAGAGGGAAAGUGCUUUCUACCUCAUUCAAUGUCAAUUUGUUGUCAUGUUGUCCUGGGCUGAAUUUGAAAUGGUAACUUCUGUCAACCGGGACUAUGCUAAACUUCGGUUCUACUGAAUUCACUGCAUAGCAGGAAGCAGAAGGGCUUUUCAGCUUAGUCUCCGUCAGACAAAACUCCACACAGGAUGAAAGUCGACAACUAAAUAUUUUAGCACCUUGGCAGAGGACAUUUACACACGAUUGAUGCGCAAUAUGAAAACGUACUCAAACAUAUUGGUAUCCACAGUGAGGGCAGAUUUCUUAUCACAGUUUACCAACGUCUGGAAACUCCUCUGGUACUGUCACUCCCUAGGAUGUGCUGCCACCUAGUGGUACAGAUUGUGAACAAGAAACAUGCAUCAUUUACUGAAACAAACUAAAUUAAAUAAAUAAAUUACAAAGUGCUGCCCUAGUUACACUUUAAUUAAAUUCGAGAAACUGACGCGUUAUUCUUCUGUGGGACUGCGUUAAGUUACUGCAGUAGAUAUACAGCGAACCCAGAUCUGUAAUACCCACAAUGUCAUCUUACCACAAAUGUGUUAGUGGUACACACAGACGACUUUUAUUUGAAGAGACUUAUUUACAGCUUCCUGGUAAAUACUGCUGCUGCAAAUCACAUGAACCUUCUACGCUACCCCUUGUGAUUUGCAUGUCAAUUUGAAAUUGAGUUAAAAAAAAUAUGUAUGUUAACAAAAUAUACUUUAUAUGUUAAUAUAUAUUAAUGGGUUAACCUUUGUACAAUGUGUAGCUGAGUGGUUGUGUAUGAAAUAUACCCACAUUGUAUUUAUUUCCAUAAAACAUUUUUUUUUUUUGUAUCAAAAUAAACAAACAUUUCUUGA